UCGCUGUUUCUUUUGUAGCUUAUAUAUUAAAGCUCGCUCAUUUUUUUCCUCCUCACUUUCUCUCUCCUCUCUCCUCUCUCCUCUCUCCUCAAUCCUCAUCAUCUUUGCUACUUUGUCUGAACAGUCGCAGAUAUUUUUCCUCUUGUCGAAUAUUGAAGGUAACUUCAGAGAGUCUUUUUAAAGGGAAAAAAAUGGCUCUAGUCUCAGGUGUAAGAUCAACGCUGAAUCCCAAUGCUCCACUGUACAUCCCUGCCGCUUUUCGACAGGUAGAGGACUUCUCACCUGAAUGGUAUGACUUGAUCACGACAUCAAUGUGGUUCCGGGACUAUUGGCUCAGCCAGCACCAGGAAGCUGAAAUGUUGUAUGGUAACAAUGCAAACAACUUUGAGGUGAACGAUGUUGUUGACUUGCUGCCUGAUGAAAUCGAUCUUGGUGUUGAUGAAGAGUUGCUGCUCAUGGAGUCUCAGUUCGAAGAGUUCAUCAAGUCAUCCGGGAAUCAGGAAAGCAAGCUUUUACCUAGAGAAGUGUUGGUCGAUACGAAGACAGGAUUCAAGUAUUCUGAAAAGCCUGUUCAGAAGUAGAGAGUCAUAGGUGGGAGCAUUCUGCUCUUGGCUUCUGCUUCUUUAGCUGUAAUUUCUGUACAGAGCCAGGUUAAAGCUCUUGCAUGAGUUCCUUGUUAAUGCCUUUCUUUAUCCAAAAAAUCAGGAGACUUUUCGAGCAAGUGUAGAAUGUAGAAAGAGUAAAAGUGUAUGAUAUUUAAGAGAUAUGAAGCGAGAUUAUUUUCAAA